AUGACUGGAUGUCGGCAUAUUCAACAAGUAUUUGAGAAUGAAAAAUCAAAGGAAGGUGUUUUAAAGACAUGCAAUGCAGCAAGAUAUAUGUUAACUCAUUUUUCAGCUAAGGAUAAAUACUUACAUGCGAUGACAUGUUCAAAAUGCCAUGAGAUUAAUCGCGGAACAACGUUCAUGUGUCUUCAAUGUGGAUUUUGCGGGUGCUGGAAUAACUCACAUUUUCUCACCCAUAGUAAGAAGGUUGGGCAUGUUUUUGGGAUAAGUUCCAGUAAUGGAUUGCUUUUCUGUUUCAAAUGUGGAGAUUAUAUCGGAGAUGUUGAACUAAUAAUGGUUUCAAUGCUCAAUAAGCAUUGGGAAGACGUAUCUUUAAAGACUGUGGUACCAAAGAUGAACCAAAGAGAUGGUCUGAGUGGCUUAUUGAAUAUGGGAUCUACGUGUUUCAUGAGCAGUAUUUUGCAGUGUUUGAUUCGAAAUCCUUAUUUCUUUCAGUUUUCUAUAAGUCAUUCACAUACUAAAAUCUGUCCUGUUCAAGAUAUGUCCUCAUGUAUAUCCUGCGCGUUGGAGCAAAUGGUACAUCAGUUUUAUGGUUCCCCUUACAAACACCAGGAACCAUAUGCCGGCUUCAUUGGCUUACUCACAUCUUCGUGGAAAAGAAAUGAAAAUCUUGCAGGCUAUUCACAACAGGAUGCACAUGAAUUUUGGCAAUUUUUAUUGAAUCAAAUACAUAAUGAUUAUUUGAGAUGUCACAACAAAGAAAAUGACAAGCAGCAUAAUGACGUCUUAUGCGAGUGCGUUGCUCAUCUAUCCUUUCAAGGGCUUCUUAAGAGCUCUAUAGUUUGCCCAGCUUGUCAUAACAUCUUUAGAACAACUUUCGAUCCUUUCAUGGAUUUGUCCUUAAACAUCAAAGAUAAAUCCACUCUUUACAACUGUCUGGACAGCUUUCAUAAAGAAGAGCAAUUGCAUGAUUUUGACUACCACUGCGAUAUAUGUAAUACAUCAGAGGAUGCUAUCAAACAACUAAGCGUUUACAAAUUGCCUCCUGUUCUGGUUUUACAGUUAAAGAGAUCAGAACAUCUUUUAAAUGGGAAUAGCGUCAAGCUGGAUAACUUCGUAGAAUACCCCUCAUAUUUGAACAUGAAAAAUUACCUUGAUAACGAAGACACCAUGAGAAUGACCCCAGACGUCAUCUAUGAAUUGAUAGGUGUUGUCUCUCAUAAGGGCAGCGCCAGCGAAGGUCAUUAUAUAGCAAUUACCAAAGUAUCAGGUGGCCAAUGGUUUAAGUUCAAUGAUUCGAUGGUUUACUCGCUGACUGAAAAGGAAGCAUUAAGCGAGCAAGCAUACUUACUCUUUUAUGCGGCCUUGCAAGUCAAUUAG